GUGCUAAAUCCGGAAUAGAAUCGUCAUACGAACGGGGCGUAGUCUAGCAGUAUAUAAUAGCUUGGUGGUCCACAUACUCUGUCAAUCGCACUUCAAACCCUUAUACAGGCUAAGGCUACGAUCGCAUCGGACCUUGCAUUACACUGACAGCUCCAACUCUGUGAACGCCACUAUCUUCAAUAUUCAUCCAACAGUCCGCGAGCCAGAGACGAAUAUGAGCAAAAUAUCAGAUCAGAGCAAAUUCUCCAACAAGCUUCAGGGAUCGCGAGUGCUCAUCAUCGGCGGGUCCUCUGGCAUUGGGUACAGCGUUGCUGAAGCGUGCCUCGAGAAUGGCGCUCUUGUUAUGAUAGCGUCUUCGAAUUCAGCCAGAAUAGAGACCGCCAUUGCUAAGUUGCAAUCAUCGUACCCGUCUGCCAAGUCCAAAAUUCGCGGCCACGCUGUAGACCUCUCUAGAUCGGAGACGUUAGAGUCGGAGCUGAAGACGCUAUUCGAACAAACCGUCAAAGACAUGGGCGGCGACAAGUUGGACCAUGUCAUCUUCACUGCCGGCGACGCUAUUGCCGCUAUGCAGCUUGUAGAGAUAACAAUGGAGAGCAUACUCAAAGCAGGCCAAAUUCGUUUCUUCGCCCCCCUCCUGGCUGCGAAGUUCAUUCCCCAAUACAUCAAGAACUCUCAUGAAAGCAGCUACACUAUCACUACUGGAAGUGUUAGUGAGCGUCCCAUACCAGGCUGGAGCGUUAUCGGUUCAUUUGCGGGCGGUCAUCACUCUAUGGUCAGGAACCUGGCAUUGGACAUGAAGCCUAUCAGAGUCAACGGCGUCAGUCCUGGUGUAGUCGAUACAGAGAUGUGGCACAUGCCUAAGGAACAGAAGGAACAUAUGAUGGAGCAAAUGAGCGAGAAGAUGGCGACCGGAACGCCGGGCAGACCGGAGUGGGUGGCUGAGAGCUAUCUGGGUAUCAUGAAAGACUACAACAUGGACGGCUCGAUGGUUAGAACUGACGGUGGCGGUCUGUUUAUGUAAAGCUUGAGUCUAUUCAAACAACAUAUACACUUAAACAACAUGUUUUUUUCCGCCCGGCAUCUUCCGUUUGUGAACAAAU